CCACGCAAAAGACAAGUGCUAGAUUUCCUUUGACAAUCCAAGUUUUACCGUGUUUUCUAAUUAUUAGCCCUGAGCAUUUUGUUUCAUUGUUAUUUCUGAAUACUGCUGAUAGUUAAUGGCAGUUCACUUAAGAUGCAAUUUGCAGUAAGUCUCAAGUGGCUGCUAUCGAGUGAAACGGGGUUUCUUUUUUCUCUUUGAGUGCUCUAUUGUGUCUCUUUUUUGUUGCCUGCAUGGGUUUGGUGCGAUGUGUGUUUAAAAUGCUCGUGAGCGUGACCUGUGUUCAUCUCUCACCUUUUAGCGUUUGGAUGGUUUUAUCGAUACGAGGGGAAACUGCCGUCGAUACGCAAGGUACCGUGAACCGUGUGUGUUCAGUUUGCUGUGGUUUUUAAUUAGUCUUUGCGUCGGCGGGAUUAAAGUUUUCGACAUUUCAUCGAGUUAUUUCAGUCACACGCGGUGUAGCGUCACUCGCUGUCUCUGCGUGUCAUGCGGUUCGGAUUGACAGAGUUGUCUGUCCCCUGCCUUUCCAUUUUUUUUUUUUUUUGAAUUAUUAACAACGACGAGUCAGAAGGGAGAAAAGAAGAAAAAAAAGAAGAAAGUGUCCAACACGGACACACUUCAGGAGCAGAGGAAGAACAAGAAGGAGAUGGAGUUCGAGCUGAAACUCGCCAAAGAGAAAGAAGAGAUGUAUGAGCGAGAGAAGCAGCUUAAGAUCAAUCGUCUGGUGCAGGAGGUUUCGGAGACGGAGCGGGAGGACCUCGAGGAGUCGGUGAAAGUGCAGCACUGGGUGGAGCGUCUCUGUCAGACUCGGUUGGAGCAGAUCUCAUGUGUGGAGAAUGAAUCGCCAGAGCUCUCCCCGCCUCGUUCUCCCGCCUCUGAGCCCAUGGUGAAGCGUUUCGCCGGCGGCCUCCACCUGGCCACCACCGACCUGGACGACAUCAACCUGGACGACGUGGAUCAGAGCCUGAGGGGUCCCCUCAAAAGACUCGCCCCCACCCAGCCCGGCACCAGCCAGCCUCCGCCUCCCCUGCCUCUCCCCCCACCCUCGCCCAAGCUGAACCCCACCAUCCCCAACUACUCCCCCCCUACGUCUCGAGUGUCCGCGCAGCGUCGGCCUCCUUCUCCGCCCGGCGCUAGAAAACCUCCGUCCUCCUCGUCUGCCAUGACCAACCGGGGGCUCAGGCCUCAGCCGCACCGUUCCCAACCCUCUCGCCCACCUCCCUCCCAGCACCGCGCCCCCGCUCACUCAUCAUCGCGGCCUCCGUCGUCCCCUCAACCUGCUCCCCGGCCUCCUCCUCCUCCUCCUCCGCCACCACCGCCUCCUCCUCCCCCACCACCACCUCCGCCUCCACCCCCGCAGCACUCUCAAGAACGAGGAGGAGGCAGCACCUUCGGUGGGUACCGGCAGCAGCAGCAUCAUCAUCAUCAUCAUCAUCACCACCUUCAACACCCUCCCAGUCCUCCGGAGCACAGGAGCGAAUGGGAGACAGGCGGUUAUCUCCCCAGGGGAGGGAUUUACUCAUCCAACGCCAGCGAAAUGUCCUACCCCUCUAGUCCCAAGGUGAUGAGAAAUACCUCCCAUGCCAGUCAUGUUUCUACUUCAAGCAGUCCCCUGCAAUUAGCUCCCAGCCCCCCCAACCAGAGGCGUCAGAUGGGCCCCGUCAUGUCUAAGCCCGUCAUGCUGCCCCAGUCUCAGACGCACCGACCAGAUCCGCACAGACCUGCCGUCCGUUCUGACGUCCUGGUAUGAAACGCACCACACUGCAGCCAUCUCCACCACCACCCCCACCUUAAAUAGAGUCUUAAUGGAGCCAUAAAGCAUUCUGACAUCUGACACGCUGGGACUAUCAGCUGGCUGCACUAUUAAUCUCCGCCUCGUUUUUGAGCCCCCGCUGGGUUUCCCAGACUCUCCAGCUGAAGGUGGAUUUUAGACUGCGAACGUGACCGGUUCCUCGUUUUCUGUCAGAGAAACGAGCUUCUUUUCUUCUCGUAACACUCUGAUGUUGAGACAAAGAGACACAGAGGCACUCAGCAGAACCACUGGCUUCUACCUCUGUCAUUCUGCGAAUGCUAAGUUUAGUUGCUGCAGCAGGAGAUGCUAUAAAUAAAUAAGUCAGCUUUAAAUGUGGCUGCACAUGUCUUCACUUUUGAUGUUUAAAGGAUAAAAUACACAGCUGGAUGUAGUUGAAUUGGGACUAUUAUUGUUAUUAUCAAAUAGUUUAUAUCUACCACAGUUUAUUCUCACUAACCUCCAGAGACCAGAGCGUUUAUUUGGUCUGCGUUUUUUAAAAUUUAUUUACAAUUAGUAGGAUGUAAGAUGCGUCAUCUUUGAACCGGAAUAAGUAAUUUUUGAAAAAAACAAAAAACAAAUGAUGUCCUCAUAUGUGGACACUGGGAUUCUUUCAUUAUUUAUAUUAUAAUAAAGUCACCCAGUCUGUGACAAAGUAUAAAACUGUUUAUUUUAAUACCUGAACAUGGUAUUGAGCAAAAACAGAAUUGUGAACAAUGAAAUUCCAACGUCAAAUACUUGUAUAACCCACAAUCAAAAUGACAAUAGUCAUUAUCAAUACCGAUACCAAUUUUCUUUUUUACAGAUACGUGUUGCCGAUUUCUCAAAGAAAAGAUAAAAUAAAGAUAAAGACAUCAUUCUAUCCUUUGUCUCUCCCUUUAGACUGAAUAGACCCCCUCUGCUUGUUAUAAUACUCUCAUUUAAUGGCAUUUUUAAUGACAAUGUGGAAACAAACAUGGUGUAAAAUCACAUUCAGAACCAAAGAAAAUUAAAAUAAACUACAUUUACAUGGACAAAAUUUCUUCAACCUAAUUGAAAUAACACUGAAUUGAGAUUCCAACCUUUCCCUUUACAUAAUGUGUGAAGUGGUUCUGCCCACUGUGGAGCUUUAAAAAACUGAAUUAAUUUCCUUUUUUUUCUUUUUUUGAAAUCCAGCUUUUCAAAUUGAUUGAGGCUUUGUUCACCUUUUUUGAACAAAAGGUUUCAUUUAUUUUUUGCUGCCUCUUUGUAUUUGUCCUUAGUGGCGACUGAUGUUUACUCCACAAAGAGAAAGAACCAUCGAUUGAGCUUUUGUUUUUCUCCUAUCAGUCCAAACACGGGGCGUCUUUGUUCUGAUUCAGCUAUUACUCAGAUUAUGAGGGUUCACCUGUGGUGUAGUCAGACAGACUUUGAACCAGAGAGAGCAGUAACACACCACUGUUUAAACUAGUCCCACAUUUCUCUUUUUUAAAAUGUGCAUUGAUGUUUUUUAAGAGGAGAGGUGAGAGUGGACUUAUUUUCACAUACUCGCUAAAGGCAGUUACCUGGUUUUUUGUGUUUCCAGCCUCCGGAAAUGCUGAAACGGAUGGUUCCUUUCAACUCAUCCUUUAAAUCAAACAACAAACGACAAGUAAUCCAAACCUCACCCCAUCGCCGCCUCUGCUCCUCUGAGUGCUUUUCUGCAGCUCUUCCUUUUUUUUUU